AUGGAAUCAAGAGUACGAGCAAGUCCUGAACAAUUCGCAACGCUGCUCGAGUAUAUGGAAACUCAUGGUGACCUGGCGAGGCCUGUUGCUGGACCACAAGGUCGGUUACGGUCAGACCGAUUGUGGGCUGAACUGACCAACAUAUUAAAUGCUGUUGGUGGUGGUGUCAGCAAAACGACAGACAAGUGGAAAAAAGUGUGGGCAGAUUGGAAGUCCAAGACCAAAAAAAAGGCAUUGACUAUAAGACACCAUGCAAGAGGUACUGGAGGUGGGCCAGCAAGCGGGCAAAACUUGUCUGCUACUGACGAAAGAAUGUUGGCUAUAAUGGGUCCUUUAGCAGUGACUGGACAAGUCUCUGUAGAAGAGCUAGGAUUUAAUAGACCUCUAAAUACUGCACAAGAAGAUCCUGUCGCCCAAGAUGAUCCUGUCACCCAAGAUAAUUCAGUAUUUUUGGAAAUUUUAGAUGACACUCCACAACUGAAUACUUUGUCUCCUCAACCUUCCACUUCACAGCCCUCAAAUAAUUGGCUUCCGCCUUCUACACCAUCACCCCUUCCGCUCGUGCUCACUCAGACUUCGACUCAAGGACGGCAGCCUGUUGCGCCAGCCCCGCCAGCCACACCAACCACGGCAGCGCCAUCCCCGCCAACACGUGCAGAGCCUACUACUCCGAGGAGAAGGCGGCUACCUGCCCCCCGCACGUCUGCUAUUUCUCCAUCCACCAGGCGUCGCCCGCGGUUGAGGUCGCCAGCGACACCGCAGUCUGCUGCCUCUCCCGACCGUCCUCGUUUGCGCGCCCGCCGUAGACAGGCACCAACCCCCUUCGAGAGAGCGGCAAGCGAGUUUACGGCUGUGGAAUUACGACGCCUGGAGCUGGAGGAAGUCCGGACUAGGCAACAACACGAGCGAGACAUGCGAGCGUUGGAGGUUGAGCACGAGCGGAACCAGGUUUUUAGUUCUAUAGUGAACGUAGCUCAAGCUUGGCUUGACUAUUUUCGCAGUAGGGACAACACAGAACGGCUGAAUACUGAGUAG